AUGGUAACAGAGACGGCUGACAGCGCCAAGGAGAAGGCCUUGAGCGACUAUCGACGAAAAUUAAUUGAGCAUAGGGAGCUUGAAGCAAGGCUUAAAGAAGCGCGCGAAAAGUCUAAGGCCGUGACUAAGGAAUAUGACAAAGCUGAGAACGACCUGAAAGCUCUUCAAAGCGUUGGUCAAGUUGUUGGUGAUGUCUUAAAACAACUGACUGAGGACCAUUUCAUAGUUAAAGCUAGUAAUGGUCCGCGGUACGUCGUUGGCUGCCGAAGAAAUUUACAGAAGUCAAAGCUUAAGGCGGGUACUCGUGUCGCUCUGGAUAUGACGACUCUGACCAUCAUGCGUCAGCUUCCACGUGAAGUUGAUCCUCUAGUUUAUAAUAUGUCCGUGGAGGACCCUGGUGUCGUGUCCUACGCGUCCGUUGGCGGUUUGGCUGAACAAAUUCGGGAGUUACGUGAAGUCAUUGAAUUACCUCUCAUGAAUCCAGAAUUGUUUCAACGUGUCGGAAUCACUCCUCCCAAAGGCUGUCUUUUAUAUGGACCUCCAGGUACUGGCAAGACUCUGCUAGCUAGAGCAGUCGCUUCACAGUUAGAUGCCAACUUUCUUAAAGUCGUAUCAAGUGGUAUCGUGGACAAGUACAUUGGCGAGUCAGCCCGACUGAUUCGCGAGAUGUUCAGUUACGCUCGCGACCAUCAACCCUGCAUAAUCUUCAUGGAUGAAAUCGAUGCUAUUGGUGGACGACGUUUUACUGAGGGCACCAGCGCAGACCGAGAGAUCCAAAGGACUCUUAUGGAGCUUCUCAACCAGAUGGACGGUUUUGACGCCCUGGGUCAGGUACCGGUAAAAAUGAUAAUGGCUACAAACAGACCGGACACGUUAGACCCCGCUCUCCUUCGCCCGGGUCGCCUGGAUAGAAAAAUAGAGAUCCCUCUUCCAAACGAACUGGCACGAAUGGAUAUCAUGAAGAUACACGCCGCUCCAAUUGCCAAACAUGGAGACAUUGAUUGGGAAGCAAUAAUUAAAUUGUCGGAUGGCUUCAAUGGAGCUGAUCUUCGGAACGUCUGCACAGAAGCAGGUAUGUGCGCUAUACGUGCUGAACGGGACUACACCAUCGAGGAAGAUUUUAUGAAAGCUGUUCGCAAGUUGGCAGAUACGAAGAAGCUGGAAACCAAGCUCGACUACAAACCGUUGUAA